GUAUGACGUAUGGAGUUUGAGGUACAUAUUUAAUGCUUGCCAAUUCAGUACUGCUGGUAUUAGGGGGAAACAGUACGGAGGGAUCAGUCGUGUCUUUCCAAAAUGUUUGUUAAAUCUUUGGUGACCCUUGCCUUUGUAGGUUUAGUUAGCUGUGCAGUACCCCUAACCAAAUGCAAGAUAGACGACUCAAAAUGCAUUAAACAGAACACCGAAGUCCUGAUCCCUCUAUUCGCGGCCGGCAUCCCGGAUCUCGGCAUUGAGCAGUUGGAUCCCGUCUCGUUCAAGAAGAUCGACUCGAGCAGUGAUCUGCUGAAGCUGGUCUUCAAAGAUGCUACGCUUAAAGGGCUUAGCACUUGCAGAUUCAAGAGUAUCAAACGCGAUGCUGCCAAGCUGAGUGCCAAAAUCCAUUGCGAUGUCUCCAUGGACGGCAAAUACGACAUGAAGGGACAGAUCCUUGGUCUCCCCAUCAACGGAGAUGGAAACAUGCACAUUGAACACGAAAAAGUCGAGAUCAACUUCGAACUGAGCUACAAGGAGGAAACCGGUGCUGAUGGCAAGAAGCACUGGAACACUGGCGCCUGGACCCACUCCUUUGCCUACAAGGGAAAAACCAAGAUGGAGUUCGACAACCUCUUCGGUGGCAACGAAAUUUUAGGCCGUGCCGCCCGCGAGCUCAUGAGAACCAGUGCCAACGACAUCGCCAGCAUCACUGCUGGCCCAGUCAUCAAAACCAUCACUGGCAGGAUCCUGAAGAACGUCAAGAUCUUCUUCGAGAAAAUUCCAGUUGAAGACUUCGUUCUAGAAUAAAUGGAACGUUAAGCCAAUUGUCGUAAGUGUAAGGUCCUGAGUGCAUGCUCAUAUUGGGUGUGCAGCGGCGGCGAGCGGCGUACAUGUUAAACAAUUGAAGCUCAAGUGUCCUGAGACGUACGCUCGCCCGCUCCUCUCAGAGCGUUCACGCCGGCCUUACGGCCCAGCCACGACAUUGAUCUAAGCACGACAGGACAAGGGCUCGCUCCAAUGUAUGGCCGCCGCUUACCGCUGCCGCGCUUAGACCAAUGUCGUGGCUGAGCCGUUGCACUAACUGAAACGACAUACGCAGCAAAAAUUGUCGCUUUUCGCCGAUCUGUUUUUCAAAAUGGUUCGGGCGACUGUCGAUUUGGUUAGGACAAUACACAGAUGUAAUGAUAAAAUAGUACCAUUGUAUUAUCUCGGAAAAGCUCCUAUUUGUCGUGAUACUUCAGUACUUCGUGUUCUGAGGCUGACUGAAAUAUGAAUUGUAAGUUUCUGUGAACAUACGACGGGAAAUCAUUUAUCAAUACAUAGUCUAUCUACAUGAGGUGCGUACAAAAUAGCGAUACGAAACAUCAGGAAAUGUAAAAUAGGUUUACUGACAAAACUAACAAAUUAAAAUGUCAGUUUUGUCAGUGAACCUCGAAAGACUUUAUUUUAACAUGUCAGUUUAGUGCAUUUAGUCACAAAGAGUUGAAGUGGACAUAAUGGUUAAUUUCUUCUUGAUGGUGACGAAAAUGUCACGUAAAAAAUUAAAAAUCGCCAGACUUUAGGGCCAGUGUAAUACGACUGCAUUCCAACUGUUUAUCAUUUUCCAUGAGCUUUGCAAUCGGAAUGCAGUCAGUAAAAUGUAUGUAGUAUCAAAAUUUUUCUGCAUGUCUGUAUACUGUGUACGUGUAGUAUUUUUUUAACUAUGAAGUAAUCAUACACCGAACAUUGUCAGUACAAUUAAGUAUUUUCAUACAAAUUGUUGGGCAGUCGCUUCAUAGUUAAAAAUACUAUUAGAGCUUAGUAGCUGUAGCUACGUAGCUGAAAAGUUUCAAGUACUUACUAAACUCGUUUAAAUCGGAUGCUAUUUAUUUUACUUGAUAAAAACGGAAAUGUUCCGACGGUUUUGAAAAAUGUUUAUGAAUAAAAUCUUUGGAGGA